AACGUUGUGAUCAAACGCUACCGUUUUGGGGAGGAGUAGAGAGGGAGGGCGGUUGUUACAGACAGAGAGAGAUUGCAGAGAGGAAGGGCGGUCGUUGCAGACAGAGAGAGAUUGCAGAGAGGGAGGGCGGUCAUUGCAAACAGAGAGAUUGCAAAGAGGGAGAGUGCGUUUCUCCCUCUUCCCCUCUUUUUAAAAAUCCGACCGUUGAGCCUGUAAGUGGCUUACAGGAAAGUGACUUCUCACACCCAUCGCCCCGCAGUUUUUUGGUAGAUUUGCCUGUAAGUCUUACUUACAAGUGAAUUUUCUCCCCCAAAUACCACCUGUAAGUGACUUCCCUGUAAGUCACUUCCCACUUACCCAACUUACAGGCAUCCAAACAGGCCCUUAGAUAAGUCCAGUUUCUUUCAGUUAUUUGAGGUACUUUGGGUGCUCCCAGCCACUAUAGACGUUUUUCUGCUAUCUUGGCAUGGCCUUAGCAACAACAAAUUAAAAGUAUCAUUAAGAAAUGAUGCCAACAUAUCACUCUCAAACGCAUUGGAGUAGAAUGAUGUGCGAAUGUCAACCUCUCCCCCAUUCUCCAACAAUCUCCCAUUACAACACAUAACACAGCGGGAAGAAAAAAAUAUAUAUAUACAUGACUUUUACGAAGCUAUUCAGCUGCUGCUUCUGUCCUUGUUGGCCAACGACCUCCUUUUUUCUUCUCCCUCCAAAAUAUCACUUACCCUCUUCUCUUAUUAAACCUCUCCCUCUACCAUUCCUCACCACAUCUGCAGCAACAGCAGCAGCUGCUUCCAUUCAUAACUCUUCUUCUCCAUCCAUUAACACCCCCUGGUCUGAAGAAUUCUUUUCAUGGGCCCUUUCCUUUUCCAACUCUAGCUCUUUACAAGAAGGCACUUCCCUCCACUCCCCCAUUAUCAAAUUGGGCCUUCACCACCACCUGUUUCUCAACAACCUUCUCCUCUCUCUCUACUCGAAAUGUUCUGCUGUUGGCCCUGCCCGCAAUCUGUUCGAUGGUAUGUCUAUUAGAGAUGUCGUCUCUUGGACUACCCUGAUAUCUGCCUACGUUAGACAAGGAAACCAUGUGGAGGCCCUUGAAUUGUUUGGCCUCAUGGUGUUUUCUGGUUUCACCCCUAACGAGUUCACAUUCUCAACUGUCCUGCGUUCGUGCUCCUCUUUGGGGGAUUUGCGGAGGGGGCUUAGCGUCCAUACCCAGAUACUAAAACGCGGGUUUGGAUCGAAUCUGAUUCUGGCUAGUGCUCUGAUCAAUUUCUACUCAAAGUGCGAUGAAGUUGAUGGAGCGUUUGGAAAUUUCAAGGCCAUGAUGAACAACCAUGACACGGUUUCGUGGACCACAAUGAUCUCUGCUUGCACACAGGCUGAGGACUGGACCUGGGCUCUGAGGUUGUAUUACCAUAUGAUCGCGGCUGGAAUUCCUCCAAAUGAGUUUACUUUCGUGAAGCUUCUAAUGGCGGCUGGUUCUCUUGGUAUGGGCUAUGGGGAGUUGGUUCAUGCACAUGUGAUCCUGUGGGGAGUGCAACUGAAUUUGGUUCUGAAGACGGCCCUUGCCGAUAUGUACUCAAAAUGUCAGAGGAUGGGAGAUGCUCUCAGGGUCUUAAACCAGACCUCCGAAUCUGACGUGUUGUUGUGGACAGCUAUGAUUUGUGGAUAUAACCAAGUCUCAGAUUUCGAGGGGGUGAUUGCCAUGUUUCGCAGGAUGGAACUUGCUGGGAUCUCACUGAAUCCUUUUGCAUAUGCUGGGAUUCUUAACGCUUGCUCAUCUGUUCCAGCUCCAGUACUGGGGAAACAGAUCCAUUCACGGACAAUCAAGGCUGGCAUGGAGCAUGAUGUCUCUGUUGGAAAUGCCCUUGUGGAUAUGUACAUGAAAUGCUGCUCGGCACCGGUGGAAGAAGCUAUGUGUGUUUUCAGAGGGAUAAAGUCACCAAACGUCAUUUCUUGGACAUCAUUGAUUGCUGGAUUUGCUCAACGGGGGUACAUUCGGGAGGCUUUUCAGGCACUAGUGGAGAUGCAGGCCGUCGGAAUUCAGCCCAAUUCAUUCACUCUUUCUAGCAUUGUCAAGAGCUGUGGGAGUGCGGAAGCCUUUCGUGAAGUAAGAAAGCUCCAUGCUUACAUAUUUAAGACAAAGGCAGACUCAGAUAUCGCAGUUGGGAACUCUUUAGUAGAUGUUUAUGCUCAACUUGGGAUGCUGGAUGAUGCUUGGCGUGUCGUCAAGACGAUGACACAGAGAGAUGUGAUCACAUACACAAGCUUAGCAACAGGAAUAAACCAGAUGGGCCAUCAUGAGAUGGCUUUAGGAAUCAUCUCAUGCAUGCAUGAUGAUGAUGUUAAGAUGGAUGGAUUUAGCCUGGCCACCUUCUUAUCUGCAUCAGCAAGCUUAGCUGCAAUGGAACCAGGGAAACAGCUGCACUGUUACUCCAUAAAAUCCGGUUUAGACUACCACAUUUCAGUUUCAAACGGCCUUGUCGAUAUGUAUGGGAAAUGUGGGAGCAUUAAUGAUAUCCGCAGAGCUUUUGCUGCAAUCUCUGAGCCAAAUGUUGUGUCAUGGAACGGAUUGAUUUCUGGAUUAGCAUCAAAUGGGCAUUUCUCUGGUGCCCUCUCCAGCUUUGAAGACAUGAGGUUGAUGGGAACCCAACCUGAUGGCAUUACCUUCUUGUUAGUGCUCUAUGCUUGCAGCCAUGGUGGUUUGGUUGAUCUGGGUCUCGAGUAUUUCAACUCCAUGACCAAAUCGUAUGGUAUCUUGCAGCAAUUUGAUCACUACAUUUGCUUAGUUGAUCUCCUUGGCCGGGCUGGCCGGCUAGAGGAGGCAACUGGUGUCAUAGAAACCAUGCCUUUUGAGCCAGAUGCUUUGAUUUAUAAGACCUUAUUGGGUUCUUGCAAGAUCCAUGGGAACUUAGCUCUAGGAGAAGAUGCAGCAAUGCAUGCUCUCAAGCUUGACUCUUCCGAUCCAGCAAUAUAUGUACUGCUCUCUAACAUGUACGACGAUGCAGGUCAGUCAGAGUCUGGUGAAUUGACCCGCCGAAUGAUGAGAGAGAAGGGUCUUAGGAAGAAUCCUGGACAGAGCUGGAUAGAGAUAAGGAAUAAGGUCUUUCUAUUUACAUCAGGUGAUAGAUCAAAUCCACAGGUAAAUGAAAUGCAUGAAAUGAUAGAAUCACUGACGAUGAAGAUGAAAAGUCUGGGAUAUGAUUAUGGUGCAGAGAAUAGAGGUUCUUAUUAUCACAGUGAGAAGUUGGCUUUUGCCUUUGGUCUCCUCAAUGCCCCAUCAGCAGCCCCCAUACGUAUAAUUAAGAAUCUACGCAUAUGCGGAGAUUGCCACACUUUUAUGAAGCUUGUGACUCAACUCAUCGAUAGAGAAGUAGUUGUGAGGGAUGGGAACCGCUUUCAUUCCUUCAACAAGGGUGACUGUUCUUGUGGAGGUUACUGGUAGAGUUUGGCAAUUCACCUGGAAUCUUCUCCUUCCCUUUCAUCCUCUUCUUCCAACAGAGGCUAGGAUUGUCCCAUCCAGGACGUGUUCAUGCCGUUGGAUCCUCCAUGUGAUGAACUGCUGUCUGGAGAUGAAUGGCCAGUUGCUGAAUCCAUCUUCAAGAUUUCUCUAUUUUAGAGAAAUCUGAGUGGGGGAGAGGGAGGUUGAGGCACAACUAGAAGGUCUCAUCAACUCACCCUUCCCAAUCAAUAUUCAAAUGUCGGGAGGAAAGCUUAAUAUGGUAUAGUUGAGGUAGACGUCUCUGUGUAGAAAAAGAGGAGCAUUUAUUUGCCCACCUUGGAGUAGGUGUAUAUGCAUCAGCGAUGACACUACAUUAUCUUUAGAAGGUUUGCUGGAGCAAUGGCUGUUAGCCGGACAGUGCAGAUUUCUCUUGCUGGGGGAGGAUUUGGCUCGCUGGCCUUCAUUCUUGGAGUAAUUGCUGAAAAAUAAAAAG